CACUUAUCCAGGACCUACACACAAAGAGGAGAACCCACCCAGGGCAGGACCAGUCUUACCAGGAGUCUUUGAAGAUAACAGGUGUGGACGGACUUCUGAGAUCUUCCUCUGCCUUUUAGCAUCAUCACUUUAACUCUUUGAGACCAUGGACACAGCUGCAGUGGCGACUCUUCUCGCUUUGGUUCUGGCGCUGGCUGGAGUCAGUCAGGCUCUUCACAUCCAACGCAGUGCGGACAGCAAUGACGUCCAGCUGGGCUCAGAGGAGAGCGUGGUCGACCACCUGCUGGGGCUGGUGAGAAAACGAACUGAUCAUUAACUUAAAUUUAAACUUUUUCACCAUAUCAUUAACAUACUCUUUAUUUUUCUAAUAUCCAUGAUACUGUGGCAGGAAAACACUGUAUUUGAAGUACGAAUGAAUGACACAAAUAGAGAUGCCUGAAUAAUCAGAUAUCAACGACACAAACUACAAUCAUGUUUAACAACCUGAUUGCUGAUUUUAAUGUUUCAGUUUGUCGUAAGAAAAAUACUUCAAUGACAUUUGUAUGACUAACUUUUUUAAAAUAUGAACCACUAAUGUUGUGCAAAAAACAAACAAAUGUCAUAAAAAGUAGGAGAGAGGAAGAAGCGGCAGCUGCUAGCGAGCUAGCUUUAGCACUUUUAUAAAACUGACAAUGUCAUUUAUGGUGAAACUAAACACAACAUCAGAGCGUGUGCCUCUUUCGGGUUAAAAAUCAAUCAAACAUGUACAAUUUCUUAUGAUUCUUCGAGUGUUUUCACUAUAAACUACCAGAAAGAGUAUACUUCAAAAUAAAAGCAUAGUUUCACAAUGCAAGAAAUCAAGAGAAAAUAUCAAAUUAAAGGCGUGCUACGCAACUGAUUUCUGAGGCAAUUUUUACAAAUCCUUCAUUUGAAUAUAACUAGGAAUAGAUGAUGACAUGUAAGUUAAUUGCAUUUUUUUUAAGUUGAUCAAAUAAUGUCUCGCUCCCUCCUUGUUCUCCGUUUGGCUGAUUGUGAUGUUUUCCAUAAAUAUAAUGUUUACAAUAAUGUUUUUAUUAUAUUUUAUGUCCACAAAAAUCAAAAUGUGAACACCUAAUAUUGUGACGGGCCAAAUUUGCGCAAUAUCAUUAAACAGAGAAAACGGCAAAUAAGGGAAUUUCCGAUACUGAGACAAACAUGAUUGUCAAUUUUCUGGAAACCUGAGCAAAUAUUCAGUGAAAAAGUUAUUAGAAAUUUAAACCCAAUUAUAAGCAAUAACAGUUUUAUCAUAUCUCUCCUUUUAGAUUUAUUGUGGCUAUUUCAAGAAAACAUACAACCAACAAAAUCCUUACAAGGCUGAUGAUAAAAAAUCACAAAUAUAGACCUACUGAUAGAAAUUCCUGCUUCAUCCAGUGUGCCUAAAAAAAUUGGCAUCUCAAAUCAAGACAAAAAUCUCAAACAUCUCUCAGGCUCAUGUGGUUCUGAAUAAAAAUACUGUCUGUUUCUGGGCAGAAUUUGAAGGAACUGUACGCCAUCACAUUACAGCGUGUGGAUCAGUCUGUGCACAAUCAGAAGUCUGGCCAACAUUCCCAGAGAAGUCUGGCGCUCCUUGUUAGGAAAUAUGCAAAUGAUAUUUCAGCCCUUUUUUUUUUAAUCAAGAGAUACAAGCUAAAUCUCACAACCAAUUGAGAUUCCAGAUAGAGCUCCUCUUCAUGCAACAGUGUGAAAUUCACUGUAAUAUUCUGGGGUCAAUGGGCAGUCAGAGAAGGGCGCAUGAAGAGGAUUCAGAUCAAAUGUUCGGUUUUUCCAGUCAGAUCUGGGAUUAUUUGGCAUGAAGAUUAGGGUGGAGGGAUAUUUGGGUGGGGUUGAGGUCCAUUUCUUUGCCUUUGUACGCUGAUAUCAACAACCCCAAGGUUCCUUUCCGCAGCAGGACUGACCGGCUGUCUUUGCAACCUCCGGGGUUGGUGUUGCAAUCUGAAAUUGUAUGCAUUUAGAGCCCUUGAUGUUCGCUCUUCUUUUUUUUUGGCACAAACCAGAAAACAAGCUUAGUGAUACGAGCUGUUGCAUUUGCUCAUGUGUGUGUAUGUGUGUGUGUGUUUAUUUAUGCUUUUUUGCUCCAGGAAGGUGAGAGCACAGAUAACAGCAUUGAUGAUCGCCUGCUGACCGCUAUGCUGAGAGCUCUGCUGCUCGGAUCUCAGAGGGAAACCAGGAACUCUGUCCUCCAUCAGCCUCAGAGGUCAGUGCUGCUACAGAGACUGCACACACACACACAGACACACAGACACACACACACACACAGAAAAAAAAUAACACAAGAAAGCAAAGUUAUUUUGAUGCUGUUGCAUUCUGCUGAAAAACUGGCACUAAAGCUCCAGAGAGGAGUUUGUAGUUGGUCUUAAAACAGAAUUAAAUGAAUACUGAUGUCUCUUAAUUCACUACUAAAGCAAACAAGACUGACAGUAAUGAGACUGAUUGUUUCUUUAAAGUUGUUUUUUAUAUAAGUAUAUACACCUGCAAGGUUGGUGUCAAAUUAAAGCUCCUGUGAGGAGUUUGUUGACGGCAGUGAAAUAGACAGAAAUUUACACUGAAGUCUUUUAGUGGUAUUUAAAAGUGAUUCAUACUAUGAACGACAUGAUUCACAACAUUCAUAUGGAAAAUUUUGAUGCCUAAAAAUGGUUCGAGAGGGUAGGUGUCAGCCGAGCAGACGGCCACUGUCUGCAUUAGAUAUUCACAAUAAAUCAAACAAUUGUAGGAGCUUCUACUGACAGACACUGAUUUUGAAAACGGUCAAAAUUUAACAGGAAAAAUCACCAAAAUUUAACAAGAACUUGAAAUUGAAGCACAUGAGGUUUAAUUAAACACAACUAGUGUGUUAUAAAGUGUUACUACAGCACUGUUAUAAUGCAUCCGCUUUUGAUAAAACUUUAAUAACUGGCCCUGAUUUGAUUGAUUUGACACUUUCAGAACCAGGCAGAGGAAGCUGUUUGGAAGUUCACUUGAAAACUAAAACCUAAUGAGGACCAAUUAUCAGCUUUUUACUCAUUUGCAGUAACCUUUAUCUGUUUUUUAAGAUGACUCGUUCUGCCACACAUACAUUUUUUGAACUUCAUUCUUCAGGUUGUGAGUUAAAGUUGUCAAGGAGCCAUCCAGCUCUCCUAUGGCAAAGAUAAGAUCACGCUUUGCACUGAAAUGGUAGCCUCAGCUUAAAGCUGUAGCCUCUCUUAACCGAUAACCUCCUUUCACUUCCUGCUCUGGUUCAAGAUUUGCAUAUUUAAAACAUUUACAACUCUGUUUUUGUCAGAGUUUGAGAUUGCAGAUUUCCACCCUUAAAAAUACGAUUUUAAUCUUGUUCCUGUGAAAUAAUCCAUUUAAAUACAGGAACAUUUAAUUUAAUUUAAUUUAACACAUGUAUUACUCUGAGUUACAUCAGUUCCUGUAUCAGUCUCUUCUCUCUCUCUCACAGGUUCGGUCGUGGCUCCAGAGGGCAGGUAGUGCCAGAGGAUCAGGUUCAGUCCCGGGAUUGGGAGGCUGCCCCCGGUCAGAUCUGGAGUAUGGCUGUGCCCCAGAGAUUCGGCAAGAAGUAAUCUGGCAGGAAGACAUCCGCACGAUGACGUGAGGGCAUGAAGGGUUGAGCAGAAGGCAACUGUGACAGGAAAAUAAUUUGAGUGAAUAAAUUUAAAUUUUAAAAGCACGUUUUCACUCAUUAAGCCUUACUUGACACCCCCCAAAAGUUGGCUUAAGAUGACAGGAGUUUCAAUUUUCUGUGCCUUUUUUUUUUCUCUAAUACCCAACACUGAAAGCAUGUCGGCAAGAGCCUGUUAAUGUUUUCCAAGCCUGGAUUGUAAUUUCAUUUAAUACCCAGAGUGUUUGCUGUAAAUUGAUUGCUUCAUUUUCUGUUGUUGCUCUGUUCCCUGGUUGAAUAAAAGAGUUGGACCAGGAAAAGAUGAAAAUGUUUGUGUACGUUCAUGUUGAAAAGUGAAAACGGUAAUCUGAUCACAUAGAUUUUUUCCUAUGGUUUAUUUUUAAAUAAAUAAUAUAGAAGCUUAAUCAUAGAAAUCUAUUCCAAGUUUCUAAGCGUUGAUAUCUCCAUCAUGAAAAAAAAAAAAGAAAAAACAUGAUAAGGCUUUAAUAAAUGCUCUUUGGAAUAUAAUUAAUUUCAGUUUCUGUUAAUAGGAAAUCUGUGGAUUAUUUUUCCUACUGAUUUGAUCGGUUGAUGAGACCAAAUGAAAAUGGAAGUCACACUUUUUAAAAUCUAAUUCUGAUGUCUCCGAAUUAUGACGGAGUAUUGGGGCCGCAUUCAGAAAAGACAAAAAUUAGGAUUUCGAGAUUUAAGUCGUUAACUUACGAGAAUAAAGUCGUUACUAAUGCCAAUUAAGUCGCAGCGAAGUAAUAACAUAAAGUCGUAAUAAAAUUAUCAUGAUACUAAUGAUAAUGUGGUGCUGAAGUACCAAAAGAUUAAGUUUUUCCCUGUUUGAGAAACCUUUAUUGAAGUACAUUUUUACAAAAUGCUCCAUGGCUCUUAUUUCAACAAUUAUCAUCUUAAACAACAGCUUAGAAUAUAAGAACUUUAUUACAACAUUAUUCUUGUAAGUAAUUACUUGACUACAACUUUAUUUUUGUAAGUAAUUACUUAAUUAAGACUUUAUUCUUGUAAUUGCUUUAUUACGACUUUAUCUUUUUAAGUAAUUACUUUGUUACAAAUUUAUUCUCGUAAGUUAUUACUUUAUUAUGACUUUAUUCUUUUAAGUAAUUACUUUAUUAUGAUUUUUUUUUAGUAAUUACUUUGUUAGGACUUUAUUCUCUUAAGUAAUGAUUUUAUUACGACUUAAUUCUCGUUAGUAAUAACUUUGUUUUCAUAAGUUAUCGACUUUUAUUUGGAGCCUUAAUUUUUUUUUUCUCUAUUGUAGCCCUAAAAUUCCAUUGUACCAAUUGCCUUGAUUAGCCUUAAAAAAGUAUUGAAUAAAGAUUUAGGCAACUUUUGGUGCAGUUUUUAGAUUUUAAGAUUUAACAUGAAAGCAAUUUAAAAUAGACAUGAACACCGGGGAAGUAGAAGUACUUUACUGCAGCAGUAAACACGGGUGUGAAUCACUCUGAAAUUAAAGUUGUCUGUGUUGCCAGCUUAGAAAACACCAUCAGUUAACACAAGCCCUUUCUCUAACACUUGUAAUUUCUUUGCCCUUAAGGCCAAUC